CGGUAGUUUCCGACCUUUACUGCCAGUAUCCAGACUCAAGUCCAGACUCAAUGGAGUGGUUGCCCAAGGACACGCGACGACGUCAGACAGCAGCUGCAUGGAUUUUCGACAGCACAGCUACCUGUAAGACUCUCGCCGUGAAAUGCAGCCUACGCAAGGUUCGGGGAAGUUGGCAUGCCGGGGGCCGUGACCAUGUCGGACGACAGCAUUUCAGACGGCCAUCCUAAGACCUCUGGGCCCACAAAGGGGGGAUGGCGCAACCCGUAAGGUUAAACAAUGCACACAGCCCAAAACAUAUAUAUCUAGCUCGCCAGGCGCCGCAACUAGGGGUUUCGGAGUGUCCGCGGUCAAACCGGCUGGCUGCAAUCCUGCCCCUGCAGCUGAAUGCAGUAAUGAGUGCAAAUAGUGUUUAGCUUUAAUCAACGAGAGCACGUUUUUGAACGCAGCAUAAUUGGACUCCUGACCGGGUUGACAUGGAGGGGGGGGUCGCGUUGACAGAGCCGAAGGUUCCGCUUGUGUGCAUGCUGCACCGCGCUGAGCAGGACCAUCACCGACAUGCGCUGAUAUAAGUCUAUUUUCCACCUCUAUACAGUACAUUUACUUGGCCAUACACUAUCAAGCUUGCGCCCUCAGACACUCGAACAAGUCUUUGAACUCGACUAACUCGACUCGCAACCAUGGUCAAGAUUUACAUCAUCUUCUAUAGCACCUAUGGUCACAUCAAGACCAUGGCUGAGGCCGUGAAGAAGGGUGUGGAGCAGGUGGAGGGCGUGGAGGCAAAGAUUUGGCAGGUGGCCGAGACGCUGCCCGCCGAGGUUCUGGAGAAGAUGCACGCUCCCCCCAAGUCGGACUACCCCAUCAUCACGUCGAAGGAGCUGACCGAGGCCGAUGGCUUCGUGUUCGGCUUCCCCACCCGCUUCGGCAUGAUGGCCGCCCAGAUGAAGUCGUUCUUUGACACCACCGGCCAGCUGUGGCAGGCGGGCGCGCUGCAUGGCAAGCCCGCGUCCAUGUUCACUUCCACCGCCACCCAGGGUGGCGGCCAGGAGACCACCAUCAUGACCGCCGUGACCCAGCUGACUCACCACGGCAUGAUCUUCGUGCCCGCUGGCUAUGCUGCCGGCGGCAUCAUGUUUGGCGUGAAGGAUGCGCGUGGCGGCUCGCCGUGGGGCGCCGGCACCCUGGCCGGCCCCGACGGCUCCCGCCAGCCCGGCGAGGACGAGCUGCAGCAGGCCGAGAUCCUGGGCAAGCAGCUGGCCGGCGUUGCGAAGAAGCUGAAGGCGUAAGCAAAGCUGAUGCUGUCGCGCUGGGACCCUGCGCGCGUUGUGAUGCUUACAUACGGCCGCGCUUAGUAUUAAGCACGGACCAAGAUGGUCGAAUGUGCCAGUGUUUUGUGGGCUGUGAAUGAGGCGAUGUACAGACGUGCAUAUAUUCAGUACGAUUAACCUAUUGAUUUGGGCACGAUUCGCACUUUGAAGGAGCCAAGCGAGGGUACCACUCAGGACAUGCGUGUUACCGCUGGGUUUCUUGCUUGUAUAUAGGCUGGGCAUCUUGCCAAACAAUGGCUCCUUGCAACUGUCUUGCAAGGAUGUGCGGUACUGUAAUCAGAACGAGAAAGCUCUCUGCCCUCUCCAGUUACACCAGACCGCUCGGCUGCAUUGUGUCUGACGGAGACCUGUGUUCAAGGCCGGAGUUACGCGCGCUACGCCACUUGACGAGGAUAGCGGGCUCAAUCUUUGCAGUGAGGGAAUGCGGGGCCCAUCUAAGUAACCUAUGCUACUCCAUGCCAGAUACUGCAGCACACAAGUAAAAAGGACUCAAGGGCGCAGUGGUGCACCCGUGUCAGGGAAGCACCGAGCUGAAACAAGUGCGUAGUAGUGCAGCAUGCACUGGAAGGGAAAGCCAAGUGGUAGCGCGCUUGGGACUUCCGUAGCGCGUAGCUGGCCCAACACGGGUUGGCACUGAUAGAUCCAGAUACCCCUAGCAGUUGGGCCUUCAGGAGCGUAGUCCGUAGUGUAGUGUUACCCGCCACAGCAACAUCGUGGCUUCUGGUGUCUGACCAACAUACUGCCGCUGUGUUCGUUCCUGUUGGUGGGCUCGGUACUUGUGGUUGCCAAGCAACUGUGUGCGAUGCACCGUGCGGACGUGCGGUAGUUGGGGCCCACCUGCACAUGUGUAUGUGCGGACCUGCGACCAGAACGGCGGUGUACUGGAAGAGAAGCUUUUGCGUGUGUUCGUGUCAAUGGUUCAUCGAGUGGAGCGGCGCACGUACCUGUUGCAGCACGACAACAUGUCACGGCCCCGGUCCAGUACUCCAGUUGGCAGUAGCUGUGCGAUGGGACAGGGUUUAGGCAGGUUGGCGAGGUCCCGUAGGGUGCAGCUGACGCCCAUACCCCAAGCAGACGGCAGACAAUUUGCAGCGGCAGAGCAGAAGUGCAUGGCUGGUCGAACGCCGGAAUUACUGUACCGACAAGUUGCUGGCUGGCUGGAAGUUUGCUGAUGCGCAUUCCUCACGCUCCGGGCGCCCGGCCAGGCGAUAGCACCACGUGUUGGCAGUAGCUUCGCAUUCGCAUUCACUCGCAAGCACUUCGUUAGCUGCCAAAGUGACCAGGCCGCGUCGGCGGGCAGUAGCUAGCGAGUAGCAUGCCGCUGCUGGGCACAGCAACCCCAUGGUCCACCACGCCACUUACGUAGUGGAUGGUUGGAUGACGCGCACCGUCGGGGAGUUACACCUCCUCUGACGACAGGAUUGCCCUGCCUGCCUAACCCUGCCUAACGUGCCUAACCCUGCCGAACGUGCAUAGCCAGCGGUGGAGCAACCGGGUCACGGCUGUGCCGGUGGGUGGCCUUCGGUGGGUGUGCAAGUUAGCAGUAGACCAGAGAAGAUUGGGUUGAACUCGGAAACUGGACAAACCGUCGUGGGUGGGGCCAUGGAAAGAGCGAGGCAUUAUCCCGACAGGACGGUGCCGAACACAUCGACACGACCGGCAGCUUGAUAGACCUGUGUGGUCCAAUACCUAUCUGCUGGCACAAUAGCUCCAACAGACCCCGCAACGAUAGGUGUCCAGGGGGCAAGCAAGGGGCAGCGGCUCUUGGCCGGCCGAACACGGUCGACCACGGCAAAACACGACUUUGGGGCCCGAGACGGUCUCGUCACUCGGGUUCUGUUAGUGGUAGUGAUAGUGACAACGAUGUGGAACUUCCAUUUGGUAUCUGGGUGGUGCACCUUGCGUGCUAACGCAGCUCAGCCCGGCAGUUUGGACAUGACUGUGGCAGGAGCACCAGUUUGGCCGGUGCACAGGCCACGCUUGAAAGGGACCAAGUACUGCACAGCAUUGUGGGCCAGCCAGUGGCAAGAUACUUCCGACUGAAGCUUUCACUCUCAACUGGCGUU